AAUCCCAAUCAAACAACAGCAGAAUCAUUUCUGUUGCGACCGAAGAGGAAAUUAUGCGAUUCUGACCCGCUCUAUCUCUGUCCCAAAUGGUUUCACGCUCAGCUUCAGCUCCAACAACUCUCCAAACCCUCCAUAACCCACCUCUCACAUCAAGGUGAGCUUUUAUCUUUCUCUCUUUCUGUAUAGAUAUGCACAAUACGUAUAUUAGCUCAACCAUAUAUUCGCUUAGGAGCAAAGGCCCUCUUUCUUUUUCCUUCAAUGACUACUCCUACUUGUUGAAUGAGAGGUUUGAUAGAACCCCAUUACAGUCAUCAUCAUGUUCUGGUUGUUGCGCAUGUUGUGCAUUUUCUACGCAUAGGGUGCCCACAAGUCCUAGCUUUUUAUAUGGGUUGAGGCAGUCCACCCUACUUCAAUGGUCGGCUUCUAGAAGGCUGAUCUUGGGUGCUGGAGGCCGGUUCUAUUACCGGCUUCCGGUUUAUGGUCUGGACCAGGGUUGUUAUGAGGUUUCUUGCCCUCUCAAGGAGAGUAGUGUGUGUAAUAGAAGUAGGAGGAGAAGAAACGGAAGAUGUAGUUGUAUGCUUUCAGAGGAGGAGAGUGAAAUCCACCAUUCGGGUCGUUUUGGUGAUGCCGAAGCAGUGUUGAGCCUGUUGAGUGAGGAUGUGGGUGUGGAAUGUUUUGGUGGUGGAAGAAGAAGCGGGUAUUCUCGUAAGAGAGUGGAAGUGGAGAAGAGAGGGAAUUUUGGUGAUAGAGAGAGAAAUUUGAGUUCAUCUAGGAGAGUGGAAGUGGCAAAGGGAGUGAAUAUUGGCAGUAGAGAGAGAAAUGUGAGUUCAUCAAAGAGAGACGAGGUGGAAAAGGGGAGGAAAAUUGGUGGUAGAAAGAGAAAUGUGAGUUCAUCUAAGCAAGUGGAGCUGGAGAAGAGGGAGAGUUAUGAUAGUGAAUGUUAUAGUGCAAAGAAAAAAAAUGUUGGGUUGGCUUCGCAGGAGACUAAUUCAAGGUAUGAACCGGAGUCGGUAGCACUUGAGUCGAGGGAGGAGUAUUGUAGGUAUAAUGAAGAAAGGGGAACAUUUUCGAGGGGUGAGAAUCAUAGAGGUUCUAGUUCAUCUUAUCACUCAUUUUCGUCUUUGGGGGAUUUUGAGAGUGAUGUUGAAGUUGAGGAUAAGCAGGGGCAAUUUGUGGAAGAAUCGUCUAAUGGGUAUAGGGACUCAGGAAAGAGUGGGGAGUACAGGUAUGAGGGGAAAAUGGCAGAAGAGUACAAGAGGCACAAAGAUGAUGCAGACAGACGGGGGGAAAUCUCAGAACCGAGAAAUACUGCUCUGAGGAAUGGUGUUGAGUGGGAUUGGAGGAAGAAGUCAGAGAAGAAGCUUACUGAAAUAUCAGUUGAAGAAACAAAGUCUAGGAGCGAAUCCUCACAAAUACAUUCACAAGUGUCAAGAACCCAUGGAAGUAAUUACAGAAAGUCAUCCAAUUCCCACAAACAAAUUGAGGAUGAAGAGAAUUCAGAAUUAGUGAUGAAUUUGGAUAAGGGAACCAGAAAGCAAUAUGAUCAAACAGAGAAUCAAGUCAUUGGACUAUCUGAAUCUAGAAGAAAAUACCAGCAACUUACAGAAUUGCCCGAGUUCCCUGCCAGUGAUGCUGAGACAACUUCCUUAAAAAAAAGAUCCAGUGUCAGGGAAGGGAACUUAGUGAUAGCUGCGAAUUUGGUACAUGAAGCCAGAGAUGAACAUUGCAAAACAGUGAGCAUUAAUAUCGAAAAAGACGAUCUAAAAAGAAACUCCAAUCAACUCACUGAACCGGCUGAUACUCAAAAUACUGAAAAGACCUCUGAUUGGCAAAGGCGAUCUGAUACUAGAAUGAAGAAUCGGGAAGGCAAUACAAAUUUGGUUCUGAGUUCAGUGCUGCAGUCAGAGGAGCAACGCCACCAAACAGGUGAAUGGAUCAGUGAACAGAUUGACUCAGUAAGAAAAUCCCAGCAAGUCACUGAAAAAUCAGAAUUCCAUGACAGUAAUACUGCAAAGGCCUCCAUAAUGCAGCCUGCAACUAGGUUGAAGAACAAGAAAGAAAAUUCAGAUUUGGUUUCCACUUCAAGUCCAGAAGCAAAAGGGCUACGUCCCAAAACAGAUCAAAAAGCUCCUCUGAGAAUUCAAUCUACUAAAGGAUCUGAAGAUGUUACUGAUAUAUCAGUGGUUCAUGCUAGUGAUGUAGAAAUAGUUACAGAUCAAAGAACUUCUGGAACGAGAAUUAAUCAAAAAAGUACUUUGACAACACUUGCAAAACCAGUUGAGGAAACAAGAGAAAGACAUAAUCAAACUCAUGAAAUGGUUAUGCAAAUUAAAUCUAUAAAAGAGGGUCAAAGACCUACUAAACUAUCAACUUUUUGUGAAGAAACCUCAGAAGAGGCCUCAAGUUUCCAAGCAUCUUUGAAUUUGGUUUCUCAGGGUCGAGUACAACAAGUUGAUGCGGAGGAGGAUAAGAGAGGCUCAAAGGAAAUGCUAAUGCCUCCACCCUCUCAAUUGGUAUCUAGGGGUUCACUGCAUGUUGAGACGACUAGCGCAAAUGCAACCCCAGUGGUUUCAGGUGAAACUUCAGAAAGUGGCUCUAGUGCCUAUUAUACACGUUCAGGAGGCAGAACUCCUGCUUUGCACCACAAACCAUUUGGUAGAGAUGGAAGUAGUGAGACUUAUGGGGAGCCUCUAAACCUUGUAACCCCUGAAGAUGCUCUGGGUUCAGCUGAUCGUCUAGAUAAAUCAUCCAUGCAGUAUGUCGGUGAGUUUGUAGAGAAGGUAAGGCAUGAAGUUUUGACUUCUGAAAUCCAGAAGGAGAAGAAAGAUUCUGAAAUAAGGUUGGUAACUGAUAAGAAGUACAGCCAAGAGAGUUCGAGUAAAUUUGUUUCCAAUGACUCUCAGUUGAAGGAGCGUGACUCGAGGAAUUCACCUGGGGGUUCUGGGACAAAGGGUCCUUCUGAUGAAAUGUGGGAUGACUCAUCUGUUCAGCAAGCUCCCCAGGCAGAAGGACCGAAGGAUGCAACAACUGGGAAUGCCAUUGUGAAGAGAUCUGGCAGGUCCUUGUGGAAUAUCAUUACUGAUGUAAUCCGACUAAGGUGGGUUUCACAUGCCGAAUCCCCUAAUUCGGUUGUGAGAUCAGGUGAAAGGAGUUUAUCAAACAAGUCUGCUAGUAGCGAGACAUGGUUUUCUGGCCAGGGGCAGGAGGAAAGCAAUGACAAGAAUGCAAAAAUGGAAAAGGGAAGCAUGCCACUAGAAGUCAUGUCUUCUGAUCAGCAACUACACAGGAAAAGUUCCAGUCAAAGUCAGGGAGAAGUUUCUGACACAUUAAGAUUGACAGAUGAAAUAAGUUAUCUUGAAGCAGAUACAUCAUUUUUAUUAAGCAUAUCAGAAAGUGGGUCAGCAUCAAAAGGCAUUUCCUUGGCUUCUGGGGAGGAAAAUCUGAGUUUUGGUGGUGAUGCAAAAGGUUUUCAUGAUACCCGUUCUGGCAUGGAAAUAAUGGGAUUAUCAUUACCAUCACCUUCUAAAGGAAUAAGAAGCUCUUCCAUUGUAGAAGAGUCUUCAAGAGCCGGUGAAACUGCUGCAUCUGGAAGUGGCUCAAUGGAGCAGAUGGAGGAACCAGUUAGUGCAAGAUUGACUGAAAUCUCAGGGACUGACGUAAAGGGUGGGAAAUUGAAACAAAGGAAGCUUCAGCGGAACAAGCAAGUCCCAAAAGAUAGAUUUGAUGAAUGGGAAGAAGCAUAUAAACUUGAAAGUGAGCUGCGAAGAAUUGAUGAAAUGUUUAUGAAGGAGGCACUGUUGGAAGCCAAGAAGGCAGCUGAUUCUUGGGAGGUGCCUGUUGGGGCUGUACUUGUGCAUCAUGGGAAGAUUAUUGCUCGUGGAUGCAACCUAGUGGAACAGUUACGGGACUCCACUGCCCAUGCAGAAAUGAUUUGCAUACGUGAGGCUUCAAACUUGCUUCGGACUUGGAGGCUUGCGGAGACAACGCUUUAUGUAACACUUGAACCAUGUCCCAUGUGUGCUGGAGCAAUACUACAAGCAAGAAUUAACACUCUCGUAUGGGGAGCUCCUAAUAAGCUUCUGGGAGCUGAUGGCAGCUGGAUUAGACUUUUCCCUGAUGAAGGGGAAGGUGGGAAUGGCUUGGAAUUGUCAGAUAAGCCAGCUGCUCCUGUCCACCCAUUCCACCCGAAAAUGACAAUUCGUCGAGGGGUGCUAGCUUCCGACUGUGCAGAUGCAAUGCGGCAAUUCUUCCAGCUGAGGCGAAGGAAGAAAGAAGAGCCAGAAGAGAAAGAAGAGCCAGCUCCCCAACUUGCAUGUCUUCCUGUUUCACACCAUCCUCCAAAAUUCCUUACAAAGAUGCAUGAUAUCUUCCAUAUUUUCUGUUUGUAAGGAUGAUACUGAAACCUGUAUUUCUUCGAGCUGUAUAAAUUUUAUUGAAAAAGAUGGCCAUCCUUCAAAUGAAAUAAAGUUAAUAUAUCUUGUGAGUUGA